AAAGUUGGAAAUAAACAAUAUCUGAACCUGCUUCUGGACAUGAUAUCAAAACAGAGCUAUUGCUGAGAGUUUGGUUUAUAGAGAAAUCAUGGUUCGACUGACCUUGGAACUAAUUGCCAAAAACAGCAAUCUUAAACCCCGAAAAGAAGAAACCAUUGCACAAUGCCUGAAGAAAUUAACUCAUAUAAAUUUUUCAGACAAAAAUAUAGAUGCAAUUGAAGACCUCUCUUUUUGCAAAAAUCUUAGCGUUUUAUAUUUAUAUGAUAAUCGUAUUAGUGAAAUCACUAACCUGAAUUAUGCCACAAAUCUGACCCAUCUAUACCUUCAAAACAAUUGUAUUUCAUAUAUAGAGAACCUCAGAUCAUUAAAGAAACUGGAAAAACUAUAUCUGGGAGGCAAUUACAUUGCUGUCAUAGAAGGUUUGGAAGGAUUGGAAGAACUAAGAGAACUUCAUGUUGAGAGUCAGAAGCUUCCCCUUGGAGAAAAGCUUCUAUUUGAUCCAAGAACUCUUCGUUCUCUGGCAAAAUCCCUCUCUAUACUGAAUAUCAGCAACAACAAUAUUGAUGACAUAAGAGACUUAGAAAUACUGGAGAAUCUUAAUCACCUCACAGCAGUGGACAACCAAAUUAUACAUAUAAAGGAUUUGGAGUUUUUACUGAACAAGCUGGUGAAAUUAUGUAAAAUGGAUCUAAAUGGAAAUCCUGUUUGUAUCAAACCAAAAUACAGGGACAGAAUAAUAUUGGUGUCCAAAUCAUUGGAAUUUCUUGAUGGAAAGGAAAUAAAAAAUGUGGAAAGACAAUUCCUAGUAAAUUGGAAAGCAUCCAAAGAAGCUAGAAAAAUCAGCAAGAAAAGGAACAGUAAAAAUGAGUGUGAAAUCAACUCUUAUAUAAGUAACUUUGAAACAAUGCAUCACAUAGUUCCUGUUUAUUACCCACAGGUGGGUAAGCCAAAAUUAGUCUUUUUCUCCGACUCACAGAGAUUUCUUUUAAAUGGAAAUACAUCUCCAGAAAGCUGCCAAGAAGAUAACACUAAAAUUAUUGAAGAUAUGGGGAAUCUCUCUUUGAAGGAAUCUGAAACCUUGCUAACAAAAAAAUGAUGUGCAUGAAUCUCAUCUUCUCUAUAAUCCAAAAGUAAAAGAAAAUUUGCUGAAACAAGUAAAUUCAGCUUCAAGUGAUCUUAUUUUUUUAACUUCAUAAAACUUGGCAACAUUUUUUGAGUUUUUAGCUUUAUGGUAUCUUAGUAUAUAAG